AUGGCAUCGACUCUACCCUCUCCGCGCUACCGUGCCACGAAUGCCACAAAGGACGAACCCGACAAGGCGAAUGGUUCUACGCUUCAGAACGUCUCUGUAGAAGGGAAAAAACAAAGCACACAUACCACAUCACCAUCAUGGGGCACAGCCUCUUCUCUGGCCCUGAUCUGGGCUCCCACCUUGGUUCUGAUAUUUGGCGGUUGCUGUUCCAAUGUCUACACGCUGGAGGCUCUCAUUCAGACCUCUCCAUCUUCCGGUCCUCUGAUCACCGCCUUUCAGUUCCUCCUCGUUGCUCUAGCCACUCUUCCAAAGCAUUUUUCUUUCCAACGUGGUUUGCGGAACUUCUACCUCAAACCACGUGCCAUCCCUUUGAAAAAAUGGCUGAUUUACACUGCUUACUUCUUGAGCAUCAACAUAUUGAACAAUUUCGCAUUCAAUUACCGCAUAAGCAUACCCUUGCACAUCAUACUACGCUCCGCAGGACCCGUGACAACCAUGGCGAUCGGCAGAUUCUGGGGAGGGAAACGGUACCCAACCCAGAAAAUUACGGCAGUGGCUCUGCUUUUUGUAGGUGUUGUGCUUGCAGCAAUCAGUGAUGCAUCGAACAAGCCGCCGCAUUCUCAUCAGGAUGACCUGACUGAGAGUUCUUUCAAGGAAAUCGGGCCAAGCAGCAUCUCACACCAGGCUCCUGGAUUUGCUCUCCUGGCUUCUGCACUUGUAUUGUCUGCAUGCAUGGGUCUCUUUACCGAUGAUAUGUACAGUAUGCACGGUCGCUCAAAUACCAUUACUGCAGAGACACUCUUCUACAGUCAUACUUUGUCGCUUCCUUUCUUCGCAGCCCAAGUCAGACCUUUGGCUGGCGAGUUCUACAGUAUCGUCGCCAUGUCUACGCGUGAUCAGCCAACGGUCAAAUCAGAGUCGCUUCUUAAGGCAUGGAAGAUACCCCUUUCUCCCAUGUCGCCACUGCAUCACUUCAGUGUCCCCAUUCCAGUGGCUCUACUUUUUUUGAAUGCUUUCACGCAACUAUUAUGCAUUGUGGGCGUCAACAGGCUUAGUGCACAGUCAUCAUCAUUGACAGUAAGCAUUGUGCUCAAUAUCCGCAAAUUAGCAAGUCUACUUCUGAGUAUCUGGCUAUUUGGCAAUCGAUUGCCACCUGGUGUGGUCAUGGGUGCUGUAGUGGUUUUCGUGGGUGGUGGUCUAUACGCCCUGCCUGCUUCUUCAGGGUCUCGGAAAGCGAACGCUAGACUCCUUGAUUCAAAGUCUUUGCAAACAGACAAGAAAGUACGCUAG